AUGGAAGCUAGCAAACUCGGAUUUGGCGUUGUGAUUGAAAGGUCCGACAAUGGCACUAGUAGAAGGCAAGCAUGUGUAAUGAUGAUUUGUGAGAAAGGUGUAAAAUAUGUUUCAAGAGUUCGACAGUUAAAACAUGUUGACACCGGAUCGAAAAAAUGUGAGUGUUUGUUUAAAUUGCGCGGAUCAUGUAGGGUGGAUGAUACAUGGCGGUUUAAUGUCGUUUGUGGUGAACAUAAUCAUGCGCUGGACAGCAAGCUACAAGAUUUGAAACGGAAGAGACCACAAAAUGUGUCAAAUAUCAAGCAGGUAUACAACGAGCAUUUUAGAGGGAACAUUGCGAGCAGAGGUUCGAGAUCCGAAAUACAAGAACUUUUGAAACUUUUGGACGAUAACCACUAUGUUUCAAGAAGACAUUUUUCGGUUGGAUUUGCAUUUCUCAAAUGUGAGAAAGAAGGCAAUGUUACAUGGGCGUUGGAUAUAUGCAAGAGUUUGUUGAAGGAUCCACAAAAUAUGCCUAGUGUCAUUGUAAGCGACCGAGAUAAAGCCCUUAUGAAUGCGGUUGGUAGUGUGUUUCCUACAUUCUAUGCAGUACUCUGUUGA